GCUGAAGGGGGCACUAGAGCGUGGAAAGGAGGAGCAGGGGGAGUCGGAGGUCAUAAAGGAUUCUCCUGACUCGCCAGAGCCUCUCAACAAGAAGCCCCGUCUGGAAGAGAUCCAACUACCUGAAAAAGCCAAAGGUCCGGUGUCACUGCUCACCAUGUGGACUAACAGAAUCACUGUGGCCAACUCCAGGAAACACCAGGAGUUUGCCGGAAGGAUCAGCUCUGUGAACAACAAGGCAGAGUUAUACCAGCACCUUAAAGAUGAGAAUGGAAUGGACCUCCACGAGAAUGGGAAAGCCACCAGAUGAUGUGACCUGUCUCUGUACAGGAUGCACCCACUCCACCGAACACCUUACCACAGCAGGAAUAUGAGCUUGGACCAGAGAUCAUGUCAAUCUGAGGUGUAUGGACUGUCCUCCCCUACUCUGUCCAUACCAGGCAUAGAUUAAUGGGUAGCAGUCAGACUUUGUAAUUUUUAGAGUGAUUUUUGUUCGUUUUCUACCCACGUUUGUAUGGAUAGGCUCACAUAUUGUGUGAAGCAAUAAAGUUGUCAACAGGCAGUA